AAAAGUUUUUCUUGAGUGUUGUUGCGGCGGCAUUUUUCAUCCGAAAAAAAUCUGAAAAUUUCCCCAAAUUAUCGCGCAAAUGGCUGCCGGCUGCAGCAAGUCGUUCACCUCCAAGUACGAGGAGGAGCUGUUUUACGACGUCGAGUUUGAGGACUUUUGCAAGAGCUUUGAAUUUUCGAAUUCCUCUUCUUGCUGGAUUUGCAACGGAUAUUACGGACCGAGCUACGGGGAGCCGCUUUGCGGCACGUGUCACGCGUUCAUCUUCCCUAACCAUCCGAACGAGGAGGCGCAGGGGCUGGUGACGGAGUUUUCCGACGACGAGGAUUCCGGGAAUGAUGAACCGCCGGAGAACGGGUCCGAGGCGAAGGACCGGGACGAUGAGGAUGGCGGCGGGGGUGGGUCGGCGGAUUCGGACGUGGAGCGGCCGCGGCCGUCGGCGCCGCGCAAUUUGAACCAGUAUUUGGACAUGCUUUCGCAGCCGCGGGAUUCGGACGAGUGCCAGCAGAAGAUUUGCUCACUUCCGGUCGAGGUGCUGCUGUCGAUCUUUUCGUAUUUGGACGAUUUGUCGUUGUGGAACGUGAGCGAGGUGUGCAAGCAGUGGAAGCGGAUAUUGGAGGUCCACACGCCGCAGCAGAUGUGGAAGAAGUAUACGAAGGAGAGGUGGCCACUUUUCCAGCAGAUUUCCACCAUUCCGAACUGGUUGCAUAUGUACGGCGCCCUGAUGAAUUCCUGCUUCUGCCGGACCUGCCUCAUCCAGAUGGCGAUGAAGACGCCGAUGGCGAUGGGCCGCGUCAACCACAUCCGGGCGAACCGACUGCGGAGUGACAUCCGCUCGCUCGAUCUGGACGCGACCGAGGGAAUCGACGCCGUCGCGCUCGACAACCAGCUGUUCCACUGGCAGGCGUCGAUUCUGGGGCCCGCCGGAAGUCCGUACGAGGGCGGCAAGUUCUUCCUCUACAUUGUCAUUCCCUGCUCGUACCCGAUGCUGCCGCCGCAGGUUCGCUUCCUGACCAAGAUCGUCCACCCGAACGUGUCGCGCCACGGCGACGUCGGAAUCGACAUCAUCCAGCACAACUGGUCGCUCGCGUUGACCAUUUCGAAGCUGCUGCUGUCGGUCCAGAGUCUGCUGACCGAUCCGUUUACACAGAUCUGCAUGGAGCCGGAACUCGGCCGGAUGUACGAGGCGGACCGGCCCAAAUUCGAGGCGCUGGCCCGGCGGUGGACCUGGAAGUACGCCAUGUACGAGGUGCUGCCCCCGCUCGAGGGACUCUUCUAAAGCACGUAGUCAACCAAACAGUCGUAAUAUUUGUAAACAACUCCAGGUGAGUUUCGAAUUCCUACCUUAGCUGCGCUGAAACUGGCACAAAAUUACUUGCUGGCUUAUAAUAGAGAGAGAGACACACACCCACACUUGAAACACUUUGCAUCUAACGGACAAUAUUGUUUCCUAAAAAAAUAGUGAUUAAAGGAAUAUUCGUCUAAAAGUAUACUGAAAAAAAAAGAAAACUCAACUACCGAGCAAAAUGCAAAAACAAAUAUUUAUUGAGUUUCAGUCAAAAUAGUUGUAGCGAAAAGAAAAAUUGUACUUUAUUUAAGUUGUACAACGCAACGUUUCGACGAGUGUCAAAAUUUUAGAUAUUUAUUUUAUAUGUUUGGGAUGAAGCAAAACAAAAAAA